UCCAAACCACAGAGGCAGAGAAAAAGUCUAGUACCUUACCUUACCUACCAAUGACACUAUCUGAAUGAACAUCACAACCCAACCAGAAACAGGGGUAGGUACUAGAUAACCCCAGCUCACCUUAACACAUUUAGGUUAUCCUCUCAUUCAACUUCAUCAAACCAAACCCCAAAAUGGAUUCCAUUUCCAAUAACCAAACGCCAUCAACAGAGAACGGUGACCAAAACCCACUUCCCACACCGCCGUCGGAACCUCCAUUCGCGGUGGCCUCACUCUCCCUUUCUCUCUCCACCAUUCUCCAAUCCCACUUCUUCGUCCAACCCAAAAUCCCGUCUUUAUUGUCUCCACCACAACCCAAUAAGGUGAAGGUCCCAACCCAGGCCUCAUCUCUCACACACCUUUCACUUUCAACCUCUUCACCCUCACAUUCUCCUUCCAAAACCUCCUUCAAAUCCACCAUCUCCGCAAACCCUCUUCAAACCCCACUCAACUUGGGUCCUCACCGCCCUCUAGAUCCUUCCAACGGCGCUGCCAUUCGCCGAGCCUCGAUCCUCUGGUUCCGCAACGACCUGCGUGUCCACGAUAACGAAUGCCUCGACAAAGCAAACAACGAAUCCGUUUCGGUUUUACCCGUUUACUGCUUCGACCCUGUGGAUUACGGGAAAUCCUCAUCCGGGUUUGAUAAAACGGGUCCUUACCGUGCCACGUUCCUCAUCGAAUCGGUUUCGGACCUUAGGAAGAACCUUCAGGCAAGAGGGUCUGAUCUUGUGGUGAGGGUUGGGAAGCCAGAGACUGUGUUGGUUGAAUUGGCGAAGGCCGUUGGAGCAGAUGCUGUGUAUGCUCACAGAGAGGUUUCACACGAUGAGGUGAAGGCGGAGGAGAGGGUGGAGGCGGCGAUGAAAGAGGAGAAUGUGGAGGUGAAGUACUUUUGGGGGAGUACUUUGUACCAUGUUGAUGAUUUGCCUUUUAAUUUGGAGGAUAUGCCUUCUAAUUAUGGAGGGUUUAGGGAAAAAGUUCAGAAAUUGGAGAUAAGGAAGACAUUUGAAGCAUUGGAUCAGCUUAAGGGAUUGCCUUCUCGUGGAGAUGUUGAGCCUGGGGAUAUUCCCUCCUUAAUGGACCUUGGCCUUAAUCCAUCUUCCACAAUGUCACAGGUUGGGAAGCCAGCGGCUAAUACUUCUAUGGUAGGAGGGGAGACUGAAGCACUGCAGAGGCUCAAAAGAUUUGCAGCUGAGAGCGAAGCUCAACCUCACAAAGGUUUUAAGGAUGGAACACAAGAUAGUAUAUAUGGUGCCAACUUCUCCUGCAAAAUUUCUCCAUGGUUGGCAAUGGGAUGCCUCUCCCCUCGCACAAUGUUUGAUGAGCUAAAGAAGACUGCCAGCAGGUCGGUUUCUGCUUCAUCAAACCGAAGCAAUGGUGGCAGCGGCUCAUCCAAAACUGGAACAAAUUGGUUGAUGUUUGAGUUGCUUUGGAGGGACUUCUUUAGGUUUAUUACCAAAAAAUACAGUUCUGCAAAGAAACAGCUGGAAGGUGCUCCAGCCACUGCAUGUACGGGUGCACUUGCUUAAGCUAGAAGUUCUAGUGGAGCAUAAGAAAGUUUGUUUUGGGAUGUGGAUUGCUUCCCUGUGCAGAUUGGGUAGUAGGGUGCUGGAUGAACAAGAUUUGGUUCCCCUUCUGAAGUUCUGUUGUAACUGCCAAAUACAUUAUUUUAAUUUGGAAACUUUGUGUUAUUUUCUGGAAGGCAAGUGUUAGUCGUCGUAAAAUGGCAUGUCGACUCCAUCGGGUAUCAUUUCUGAGUAGAUAAGAGUCCAAAAUUCAUGUCUGUCAUCAAUAAUGGUAUUUUGGGAGAAUUUUGAAAUUUAAAAAUUGAUGGUGCUACUGUGGUAUCUAUAUUUUCUAAUAAUAUCAAG